UUGCUAGAGUUAAUUUGGUCUAGGGUUACUAAAGGCUUGGAACACUGACUGAUACUUUUGUGCAGAGUCUGCUUUACUUGCAAUCAAGUCUAACUGGCAAAAUAUUCCCUCCAGCUGGACUGGAGUAGAUCCUUGUGGAAAUGGUUGGGAAGGGAUUACUUGCAUCAAUUCUCGAGUAACUUCAAUGAUUUUAUCAGGCAAUAAUUUGACGGGUACUUUGACAAGCGACUUAUCGGCGCUGACUGCAUUGCAGUACAUGGAUCUGUCCAAUAAUAGGGGUUUGACUGGAGCUCUUCCUUCAUCAAUUGGAAAUUUGAAUAAUCUUACAUUCUUAAUCCUCGUGAGCUGCGGCUUAUCUGGUCCCAUUCCUAACUCAAUUGGAUCUCUUAAGCAACUCUUUUAUUUAUCUCUGAGCUCCAACAGAUUCAGUGGACCAAUUCCACCUUCAAUUGGUAGUUUAACGAAUCUUGUCUGGCUAGAUCUAACAGAUAACCAACUUAAUGGGGAUAUUCCAAUUUCUGUUGGGGAUGUAUCUGGUCUUGAUAAGCUAGUGAUUGCAAAACACUUUCAUCUGGGGAUGAAUCAGCUCACUGGGAACAUAUCAAGCAAACUCUUCAGUCCAAACAUGAAACUGAUACAUGUGAUUUUGAACCAAAACAACCUUAGUGGUAGCAUCCCUACUACUCUAGGAUAUGUUCAAACACUUGAGGUGGUACGCCUGGAUGGAAACUCGCUAAUUGGAUCAGUACCUGAUAAUCUCAACAAUCUUACAAGUGUUUCUGAGCUGUUUUUGUCCAAUAAUAAUCUGACAGGUCCCAUUCCCAACCUCCAAAGCAUGAAUGUUCUCCAAUUAGUAGACAUGAGCAACAACAGUUUUACUGCAACAGAUUUCCGAACAUGGUUUGCAACCGUUCAGACCACAACAUUGACAUCAUUAUAUAUGGAGAACACGAGUCUUCAAGGACAAGUGCCUAGCAAUCUCUUCAGCCUUCCACAGUUACAAUCUGUGGUGUUAAGCAAUAACAAGCUUAAUGGAACUCUGAAUAUUGGCUCCACAUUUAGCAGCCAAUUGACACUUAUUGAUUUGCAGAACAAUUCUAUAACUAAUGUUUCAGGAAAUGCAGGAAGUAAUUCACAAGUAGAGCUCAUACUUAUGAAUAACCCAGUUUGUGUGGGAUCAGGAGCAUCAGCAAGCUACUGCAGAAUUCAGAGGAUCAAUUCUACAUUUUCACCAUCCAGUAAUUGCACACGUAGUGCGUGUAGUUCAGAAGAGAUAAUGAGCCCAACUUGUAAAUGUGCCAUGCCUUAUUCUGGAUCCCUAAAUUUUAUGGCAUUCCCCUUCUCCAAUCUCAAUGAUGCAAGUAUCUAUAGUUCACUCGAAGGAACCCUGAUGUCUGUAUUUACCUCCAGCGGUCUACCUGUUGAUUCUGUAACCGUGUUUAAUCCAACUUCUGAUGAAAAUUCUUACAUUCGAUUUGAAACACAAAUCUUUCCAUCCGGUCAAGUUUCGUUCAACCGCACUGGAAUUUCUUCCAUUGGAACCUUGCUGAACCGUCAACCACCUCUCUUGAUGAACACGUUUGGACCCUUCUAUUUUAUUGAUUCAAGUUAUUGUUGCUUUGAAGAUAUGUUUGCUAGGGUGAAAAGGUCGUCAAAUACUGGCAUAAUUGUUGGAACAGCAGUUGCGGGCUCCUUUCUUUUGGUAUUAUUAAUGGCUGCAGCUGUGUAUGCUGUGUAUCAAAGGAGAAAAGCUAAGAAAGCAACGACCGAACAGAAUCCUUUUGCAUCUUGGACACCGGAGAAAGGUUGGGGUGGCAUUCCUCAGUUAAGAGGAGCAAGAUUGUUCUCGUUUCAAGAGGUUAAGAAAUGCACAGAUAAUUUCUCAGAAGCUAAUUGUAUAGGUUCUGGUGGCUAUGGGAAGGUUUACCGAGGAAUUCUUUCUUCGGGUGAAUCAGUUGCUAUCAAGAGAGCGCAGAUGGGAUCGAUGCAAGGCAGCCUUGAAUUUAAAACUGAGAUUGAGCUUCUGUCAAGGAUUCAUCACAAGAAUGUUGUUGCUCUUGUGGGUUUUUGUUAUGACCAAAGUGAGCAAAUGCUAGUCUAUGAGUAUGUACCAAACGGGACUCUCAGAGACUCUCUUUCAGGGAAGUCUGGGGUUAGUAUGGAUUGGAUGAGGAGACUCCGAAUAGGCCUUGACUCGGCUAGAGGUUUGGCCUAUCUACACGAACUUGCUGAUCCUCCAAUUAUACAUAGGGAUGUGAAAUCAAACAAUAUCUUACUGGAUGAUCAUUGGAAUGCAAAAGUUGCUGACUUUGGUUUGUCUAAGCUUAUUUCAGACAGUUUAAAAGGACAUGUUACCACUCAAGUAAAAGGAACAUUGGGAUACAUGGAUCCAGAGUACUACAUGACACAACAAUUAACAGACAAGAGCGAUGUCUAUAGCUUUGGUGUUGUAAUGUUGGAACUGGUAACUGCCAGAGCUCCCAUAGCACAAGGGAAACACAUAGUGAAAGAGGUUAGAAUGGCAAUGGAUACACCAAAUGAACUACAACUAAUUCUUGACCCGACACUUGACACAUCACUCGGAGGCUUGGAGAAGUUUCUAGACCUGGCAAUGUCGUGUGUUAGAGAUUCUUCAGACGAUAGGCCGACAAUGAGUGAAGUGGUGAGGGGUAUAGAAGGUGUUAUGCAAUUGGCUGGGAUCAACUUUGACAGUAGAACGGUUAACAAUUCGGCUACUUCAGGAGUUACUCCUAUAGGAGGUGGUCUCCCCCCGGUUUAUGCCCGAUGAUUUUGACACUCUUAUAUCACUUUCGGUUGAUUCUAAGAGGUUUGUUUAAUGAAUCUUUCAUUGUCAGUUCAUAUUUGAUUGUAAAAAUGUAGUGUGUGUUUAUAGUUUCUAUUGAACUGCUGAAAAGGCCAUAUUUGAUUAGUACAAGUGCUUUUCCCACUAAUAAACAUGUUAUUAGAGAUUUUUUUUAAGUCAUUCUCUAAUCUAUGUUGUAAUAUACUUUUCUAUAUAUAGUCAAAAAGUUUUAUCUU